AUGAAACGCACCAUACCUCUGCAAGAGCAUCCUGAGUUUUCUAUCAUUGACGGCUACGGAUGGAGGGAGUUUAGGGUAGAAGCCCCCGGUGGGCGUAGACGCGCGGCCAGCAGGCUGCCCUCUAUAGGCGGACUCUGGCUAGAUGCAUGCGUGGUAUCCGGUGUGGCAUACUGCUGGAAGGCGGCGACUUCAACCACCCCCGGUAUGGCGGUGCUGUUUAUGGUACUACUUCUAUACGUGUACACGCGCUCCACCCAGAUCCAGUGGGAGUCUGUGGUUAUCUUUCCUUCUAUCGGUAUACAACUCGAGACACACAAGGGCUUUGCAGGGGUAUCUCUGCUUGCUUCCCGCAAGUUCGUCCCCUGGUCAUCGUUGGAAGAUUUCCUUAUCAAUGAGGGCUUACGCGGCUGGGACGUCCGUUACUAUUGUGUCGCCAUCAACCGCACACUUGAAGGUUCACUUCAGCUCGAAGUAGCAUUUGAGAACAUACUACCACGAUUUCCCAUCCUACUUGAAGUGUACCACGGGGUGCAAGAGGCCCUUCAGAUCGAAAUCGAGCGACGGACAGAACCAUCGGUAUAA